UCUCAUUUCUGCAAAUCGAGAAAUUCGGUUCUCGCAAAGCCAUAAUCUGUACGGAGAUUGUCUCGAAGAAACAGAAAGAUCACAAAAUAGAGAACGAAAACAAGAAAUCAGGCUGCAAGAAAACUGGCACGAGAUUUUAGCAGGAGGAAAAUGAUGCGUAGAAUCAAUUUUGUGGAAUGAGCUACCAUUUUCUUCAUGAUUCUACGCCUAAUGCUGCCCUUCGAUUCGGUCUUUUCCAUUUUCGAAUUCGGUUUCGUUAACAAUGGCAAGAUGUAUAACUUCGAUCCGGCAUUGUCCAUCUCCGAGUUCCCGCAUGGAGUCCUCAGCGAAGACGGAUAUUGCUAAUCUUCCUCUGCCUCUGGUUUGAUAGUUCAAAGGAAGAGUGAUUUAUAUCAGAAUUUUAUUUCUCUUCCUACGUUUAAUGUAAGUUAUGUUGUUCAUUUCUUCUCACUUUUCUAUUUUAUUUAUGCUAUUCAUUUCUGUUAGGUUUUACAGAGUAGCAGAAAAUGAUACUAUUGCCUGGUUUCAGGUUUGCUCCAUCAGGUUACAUAUUAUUUUUUCAUCGAGUAUCAAUACUUUCUUAUAAAUUGUUAUCCUUCCUGUAUAUUGACAAUUUCAAUAGAUAUGUGAUACUAGCUCAAUAUUCGGCAAAAAUAAGCAUAUUCUUUGUGUGAUUAGGAAACUAGAUCUUAUUUCCUUUGAACUAUAGCUUUGCAGUUUCUUCCUGUUCCUUAGUAGCUCGUAUAUACACCUACAUAUUUAUAAUCAAUAGAUAUGAACAAGAUGCACUCACCCUGCAUAUGAUAACUCUAGUAUCAUUCUUAUAAUUCUUGGCAUGAUUUUGGAAGUCUAUUAUUUGAUCUUUUACUUGUUUCUGUGAUCAAUUUUAAUUUUUGUCUCAUAUCACAAGCCGAUAUAUUUUGUACCUAAAACCAGCUGAUUGAUGGUUUUCUUCAAACUUGACCUCUGUGUAUCAAACGGUUGAUAUGUCUGGAUCCUUUGUAAAACUGAUAAGAUGAUAGUUGCGCAUGGAACAUGAAAAGCUUCAUCAUUUUGACAUUCAGCAGAUUUUUUCUUGUGUGUCUUUUAUAUAAUAAGGUAGUUUACUUGUUUAACUUCGUGAUAUCUUUGAUGCUUGUUGUGGAGCAGCUAUGGGAUGGGAUGAUUUUCAAUCAUGAUCCACCUAUGUAUGUUGAUUGCUUGGUAUGUGCACCUCAUGUUCCUGCAGGUUAGUUUUUUUGUUUUUGUUUUUUUUAUUGCGUAUUCUAGGAUUGUGGGGGACCCUCGCAUGUGUUGGUGGUUGGUAUAUGUACCCGCUAUCUGGUACGGAAUCUGUAAAUGACAUGGCACGGACAUGAAAGGGUCGAAUGCCUCGAUAAAAUCUGGAUGGAUGGAUGUUUGGGAUCCCUCGAUGGUAUAAGUGACACAUGAGUCUGAUCUUGAUGGACAUGACCGAGUGAGCUACGAGGGUCGAUGACAUGCCAAGACUUGGGAUGACAUCAAACCAUGUAGACCGUGUUAAUUUGGGAACCAAGAUGACAAGAUGAGAUGCAGCGUUGCAUGUGAGAGACCUUGACCUCAAGUAGAAGCAAAGUCGAGCCAAAUACUUGGCCUAGUGUAGAGGCAAAUCAGAUAGGUCGCAUACGAUUGAACAUGCACACAUGGGUGGCGUGUGUGGUCGAACAAGCUUAGAUUCUGCAUGAAUUGUGUUCAGUUGAUGAAAACAAACCUUACCUAAGGUCUAAUAAAGCCACAAAUAUGGGCAAAAAAAUAAAUAUGGUGCUUAGGUUCCCCUUAAGGCUUGUCAUAAGCGAUCAUGACACCGCACGAUUAAAAAUGUUAUUCCCAACCUAAAAUUCUGGCUUAGCCUACCUCAUAAAAUUCAGAGUUUGUUUGCAUCUCUGGUCCAAAAAUUUAAGGGACCCUCGCAAGGUCAUCGAGAUAUUUAUUCUCCGGUAAACUUCUGAUAACACGCAUUUUGUGCUUCAAAUUUCCGGCAAAUACAGCCACAAGAGGUCAUCCUGAAGUUGCGCUAGCAACCUUAUACCUCUGCUAUAGAUCUGCAUCUUGUACUUGAGAAGCUUAGGGAGAGAGAGAGAUAGCUCCUGUCGGGUAGUCCUUCUCUCCAUAACCCAGUCUUCUACCCACUCGAGCGAGAGAUCGAGAUUCAAAUGAACGUGAUCACAUGCUUAUGCCUCCUCCUCCCAACUCUUCCUCCUCCAUCCUCAGGAAAUCUCGCUUCUCCCCAUACCUCUUCACUCUCGUGGUCUUCAUCUUCUUCAUCUCCAUCCUUCGUAAAGACCUUGCCUGUGUCUUCAGCCUGCAACUCCAGCUCGACCUCGCCCCCGCCACAGAGAAGAAGAGGGAGAAAUUGGCAUUUGAGACAGGGAAAUUGGAGGAGGGGUGUGACGUGUUCAGUGGGAGCUGGGUUAGGGACGAGGUGACUCGGCCGCUAUAUGAUGAGUCGGAUUGUCCGUACAUUCCGCCGCAGCUGACGUGUCAGAAGCACGGCCGGCCGGACCGGAGUUAUCAGUACUGGCGGUGGCAGCCCUACGGCUGCAAUCUUUCCAGGUUUAAUGCGAGCAUGAUGCUAGAAACCUUAAGGGGAAAGAGGAUGAUGUUCGUUGGAGAUUCUCUAAAUAGAGGGCAAUAUGUUUCAAUGGUUUGUCUUCUUCACUCUCUAAUUUCGGACGAUGCCAAAUCCAUGGAGACAUUCGGUUCACUCACCGUCUUCACUGCCAAGGAGUACAACAUGACAAUUGAGUUCUAUUGGGCGCCGUUUCUCUUGGAAUCGAACUCGGAUAACGCAGUGAUCCACCGAAUUUCGGAUCGGAUAGUGAGAAGAGAUUCGAUUAAAAAACAUGGAAGACAUUGGAAAGAGAGUGAUAUUAUGAUUUUCAAUACUUAUCUUUGGUGGAUUACUGGCUCGAACAUGAAAAUCCAACAAGGGUCUUUCGAGGACGAAGCACAUGACAUGGUAGAGCUGCCCACAAAGGAUGCUUAUCGCAUGGCAAUGAAUAGCAUGUUGAGAUGGGUUAGGAAGAACAUGGACCCCAAAAAGACUAGGGUUUUCUUCACUUCCAUGUCUCCUUCUCAUGGAAAGAGUAUUGAUUGGGGUGAUGAAGAGGGUGGCAACUGCUACAACCAAACGACUCUAAUUGAAGAUCCAAACUAUUGGGGAUCUGAUUCGAAAAAAAGCAUAAUGGAAGUGAUUGGAGAAGUUUUCAGCAAGUCGAAAUUUCCUAUCACAUUUCUUAACAUCACACAACUCUCGAGCUAUCGUAGAGAUGCACACACAUCGAUUUACAAGAAGCAAUGGUCACCAGUGACGCCGGAGCAGCUAGCGAACCCGGUAAGCUAUGCGGAUUGCAUCCAUUGGUGCAUGCCUGGUGUCCAAGAUACUUGGAAUGAGCUUCUUUUUACCAAACUUUUCUAUCCUCAUUAAUUGAUGUUAAAAUUCAUCUGGGUUCCCUCAGAUCCUCUUUGUUUCAUGUGGGCGUGGGUUUGUGAGAUUUGGGAUUGGUGAGGGGAGAUAAAGAUGAGAAAAUCAAUUGAAAGAUAGAGAGUGAAUCAUUACUAUCACGGUC